CGAGGUGCCAUCCGCCACCUUCUUCACCGCGCUGCUCUCGCUGCUAGUGUCUGGGCCCCGCCUGUUCCUGCUGCAGCCGCCUCUGGCGCCCUCGGGCCUCUCGCUGCGGUCCGAGGCCCUGCGCAACUGGCAAGUUUGUACUUGGAGUGAUUCCAGCAAAUAAUGAAGUACUCUUGAGAUGAUGCAGCCUUACAGAGAUGGCCUGAGGUAUAAGCCACUAUGGAAGGAGAGGUCAGGAUUACAGCCGAGGAGACUGGCACAAAGAUUUAAAUGACACCCACUCAAUCCACCCUGAAGCUGUUAACAAUUAAUUAACCCUCACACUGCCCGGUGAGAUAGCUAGUCACAGACUUGCUCCAGGUCCGGGAAAGAGCAAGGAUUGGAUGUUCACAGCUCUACUUUGAGUCUUGGGUCCUUCACUGUUGCCUCCCCCCCUGCCUGUCGUGGCUCCUGGGUGAUUUGCACUGGCACCGACAGCCAGCUACUCCCCCUUUCUGAGUUUACAGGCUGGUGACGUACAUCUUUGUCUAUGAGAAUCCGGUCUCCCUGCUCUGCGGUGCUAUCAUCAUCUGGCGCUUUGCUGGCAAUUUCGAGAGAACGGUGGGCACCGUCCGCCACUGCUUCUUCACCGUGAUCUUCGCCAUCUUCUCUGCCAUCAUCUUCCUGUCGUUUGAAGCUGUGUCAUCGCUGUCGAAGCUGGGGGAGGUGGAGGAUGCCAGAGGUUUCACCCCAGUGGCUUUUGCCAUGCUAGGGGUCAACUCUGUCCGCUCUCGGAUGAGGAGGGCCCUGGUCUUUGGCAUGGUUGUGCCCUCGAUGCUGGUGCCAUGGCUCCUGCUGUGUGCCUCCUGGCUCAUUCCCCAGACGUCCUUCCUCAGUAAUGUCUGUGGACUUGGAAUUGGGCUAACAUAUGGCCUCACCUACUGCUAUUCCAUCGACCUGUCGGAGCGAGUGGCACUGAAGCUCGACCAGAAGUUCCCCUUCAGCCUGAUGAGGAGGAUCUCGGUGUUCAAGUACAUCUCAGGCUCUUCAGCCGAAAGAAGGGCAGCCCACAGCCGGAAGCUAAACCCCGUGCCCGGCUCCUACCCCACGCAGAGUGGCCACCCUCACCUGUCUCCGAACCACCCUGUCGCCCAGAUGCAGCAUGCCAGUGGCCAGAAACUAGCCGCCUGGCCGGCUUGUGCUCCUGGCCACAUGCCCAGCCUGCCUCCGUACCAGCCUGCUUCUGGCCUGUGUUACGUACAGAACCAUUUUGGUACAACUCCCAACCCCUCCGGCAUCUACCCAGCUUCCGCGGGUGCCUCCUUGGGGGUCCAGCCCCCUGCCCCCCUCAACUGCCCUGGCACGGUGUAUUCUGGGGCCCUGGCCACCCCAAUGGCUGCAGGCUCCAAGGAGUGCUCAAGGGUCCUGAUACCCUGACAGAGAAUUUCUAGGGAAGUCCUCUCACAUCUUGGCUUUCUGAAGAAGGUCCUCUCUGAGCAGAGCUAAGAUCUUCUUGACAAAAAAUUAUUUAUCGAACACCUCUAUGUGCCAGGCUCUGUGUCGAGUAUUUUGAUAUAUAUCCCUACUUCAGUCCCAUUGAUCCUCAUGACAGCUUUGUGAAGUGCAGUUUACUGUCCCCAGUUUACAGACGCAGAGGGCCGGAUGCGCUGUGAUGAAGUCACUUCGUUCUGUAGCGGCACAGCUGUGCUGCUUGGCUCCGGGCCCAGGCUCCUCCCACCUGCCUUCCUGCCUCCCAGAGAACACCCUGGAGAAGAGCGCACGGGGUGGUCGGGGGCUGCUGGGGGCCCGUUCUAGCUCUGCGUUUCCUUCCUGUCUUCGUGUGUGGUGCUCUUGGUUUCUAGUGUCCGUGCGUCUGUGUCUGCCCUUCGGGAGCCCAGCCUGUGUGCUCGGCAGUCCUGGGGCCCAUGUAGUGUUGCUCCCCUACGGUGACCCCCCCACCUAGCCUUCUGCCCUGGAGUGGUGAGGCGGGCCAUUGUGAACUGCAGCAGCAUGCUGGUGGGUCCGUAGUGUUGAUUACCUUUGUAUAAAGAAACUGCGUCCAACCUGC